AUGGAGCCAGCAUCUUCCUGGCAGUUAUUUAACACAUCGUGGACUUUACACCGUCUCUCGCCCUUGCACCACAAGAAGGAUUGCGAAGCCCUUCUCGACAACCAAUAUGCCUUGAAUACAUACGCCGCACGCUUACGUGACCAGUUGACCGGCGAUGUCUUAGCUGGCCUUCAAGCUACAGCCAGUGCAGCAGAUGAUGAUGCACUGUCCAAGACAGGCGCCCUUAAAGAAUGUACAUGGAGGUCUUUCUCAACGAGUUCACCCUCAGGCGACGCAUCAUCAGCGUCGGAUAGACACGCCUCUUUCCCAGGCAUUCUGGUGACAUUGGAAUAUGAAAACAUCACCUACAAAGCCGCUUUACUCGCAGAGUCUAGCUCAAGCUCUCAGCGACCCUCUCGUGCAGGAUCGACCUUCCUUCCUUUAUUAUUGACGAAGUGUCCAAAUGCCCUACGUCAAACCCUCAUUUCUUUCCUAUCAGCCAAUUUCGACGCGUACUGCGCUCCUCUCCGUCUUUCAUCAGCAUUCCUUUGCUCAGGACUUGAGAAAUUUGUUGAUGAACUGCGCACCGGGUCGGACCGCACUGCAUCUGAUGAUAUUCUCGAAGAAGUAAUCAGGGAACUGCAACUUACCUUGGCGUUCUCAGCGGCAAUUGCACCCGCAUUAAAAUCACUGAAUGUGAGCAUUGCACGAUCAUCAUUAGCUGGAUUUAUUCACGAUGGAGCAAAUACGUCAAAACGAACUCUGAAGCAGAAAUUACGCUGCCCCUUGAUUCCUAAUCUUACUUCCUAUCUGGAGACCCAUCUAGCGAUGCAGCUUGAUUUGGAUGGCUCAUCACCUAAUCAAGUGGCAAAGCAACAUGUUCGUUUAUCCAAAGUUACCUGUGCGGCGUUCGUGUUGGGAGGCGAUGGACGAAUGAAACUCGUUGUGAGUGCUACUCGAUCAGAGAAUCAGGGUCAGGAUGAACGAAUGGGGAAAGACGAAGCCGCUCUACGUGCGAGUGAGGCCCUGCUACAUGCUGUCAUUGGCAAGGCUGUUAUUAGUGACCACCAAACGGCUACAUGA